GAAAGAGGGGGCGGCGAAAGCAGAGCUGUGAUGCAGGCAGUGAAUCACAUGAGCAGAGAUCUGUUUACAAACCGAGAGCUGCAGAUGAGAAGUGGAGAAGAGAGACGAGGGAGGAGAGUGAACGUGAGAGGAGCCUGGAUCAGAAUUAAGAUUAGCGCCGUUGUCUUCCUGUGUUACCGACGCUGCGCCGCGGGUUCUGCGUAUGGAGCAGGGAGGCAGAUGGAGGCGCUGCCAUCGACUUUCCACGGGGGAACCUGCCCGGAUAACAGGGAAAUCCAUCCGUGUCGUUUUCCUUUGUCUCUCCACAGCAGGAAAUCGAGGCCAUUGAUAAAAAGAGUGACACAAGAAUAUAACAGUGACUUGGGAUUGCAUCCGUGACUCCACGUAGGUUUCUUUGUCAUCCACUGAAGAUACAAAGGCGGAUCUGACAGUCGAUGGGAGUGUUUAGUGGAUGUCUCCUUCGUGUUUUAGACUAAGUAAACCUGUUUUUAGUUACCAAACCCAGAGAAAUUGUUGAGAAACCCAAAACUUUUCCCGGCUGGGUGCCGGUCAACCUUUCACAUGUUAUUGGAUGCAUCCGGUUCACUGGGGUUACGGGUGUCUGUGUGAUUUUGAACUGCAGGACUUCGUCCCUGACUGCAAGAUGACAAGCGAAAGUCUCUUUAACCUGCCACUUAAUACUUACAUCAUCCUCCUGGGCAUCGGCCUCUUCAUCCUCAUGCUCAGCCUCAUCUACUGCUGCUACUUGUUCAGACUAAGAAGACAAGGUACAAGAGACAAUUAUGGCUACAAUGAGGUAGUUCUAAAAGGAGCGGGAAAGAAACUGAGUCUUCUUGGUCAAACUUGUGCAGUAUGUUUGGAAGAGUUUCGCAGCAGGGAUGAGCUUGGAGUGUGUCCGUGUUCCCACGCUUUUCAUAAGAAAUGUCUGCUGAAAUGGUUAGAAAUCCGAAAUGUGUGUCCGAUGUGUAACAAGUCAGUUUGUCGAAUCCAGCAUGAGCCCCAACAAACACCUGAGCAGCCACAGAGUCUCUCGGAAGUCUGAUAAAGGAGCCCUACGCAGCAAUGCAGAGCACUCUCCGUUCAGCUGAACACUCUUUAGUUUUUUUUUUCUUUUUAAAAAUAGAAAUAUUUUUUUGAGGCAGAGUUACUCUUGCAGAAAUUUUAAAAUAAACAUUGCUGUGAUCAGAAGAACAUUUUUGGAAAAAUGUAUGAAGGGGACACUUAGACACAAGGUAAUGGUAACAACAUCUUAACGUGGGGUUUGUAAAUCAAAGUAAGAACGCUGAAUGUUGAAUAUCUUGUGCUCAAGUUGGUUGAAAGUCAACUUCAGGUUGUGAGUUGAAAUAUACUUUAUUUCUCAUUUUCCAGACUGAUUGGUAACAUUAUAAUAUCCUGGAUUUUGUGCAAACAAAAACUGACAGUGGUGCAACGAAAAGACACUGCUUUGUGUACACGGUAGCCAUAUUGAUUAAAACUUUCCAGUAAUCUAGCUGAGAAAGUUCUUGUGACUUUGAACUCAACUUGAAUGCUAACAUUCUGAGUACAUAGGCUCAUGCUAAUGCUAAGUGCCUUAAAGUCAUGUAAGCAUGUAUUAAUAUGUUUUAGCAUUAUAUUUCAACCUGUUCAGUGCCAGUAGAGAAGUGAAGUGACCUAACCAAGGCGUAGACUAUGUAUUCAGGGCUAGUGGUAGCAAAAAAAAAAAAAAAGUGACAUACAGUGGA